GUAGUCUGUGGACUAGACACAUAACCACCACAUAACCUACUAUAGUGUCAUCCGUGAGUUUGUUUAUAUUUGUUUAAAUUUAUUUAAACAAUGUUCGACAAAAAUAAUAAUUAGCAAACAGUGUUUUAAUUAGUGUAUUUAACAUGGUGGUGUGUCAAUAUUUUCUGCGAGGCACCUGUAAAUUCGGCACUUAUUGUCGCAAUCAGCAUCAAGCCCCAAGCAACUAUGCAAACUACGAGAGCACCAAACCGUCCACAUCUAUUCUUCGCCAAACGACGUUUAAUGCCCAACCAGCUGCCCAGAAAACAGGACCAGAAAACUUCCAGGCAGCCCUGCGGUUUGCAGUUCAUGAAGUAACAGGAGCGGAAAAGGGUGGACAAUGGCUGUUCUCCACAUUUGCGCCCUUCAAAGAAAAACCGGCGUUUCCUGGGUUUGAGGACCACAGCCAGGAAGAAAUCCGCCUUGCCUACUACGAGGCCGUUCGGAAUGGGACUGUUGAUCAAUAUAAGCAACAGUUGCAGCAGCUCUACCAAACUGCAUUGCUGAAGGUGCGCGCACUGCAGAAUCCUUCUGAGGAAGUUAAGACAAUUCUCCACAACAUGUUCGAAUGUCCGCCUUCUAGCUGUAGUGGAACGUAUGGGCAGAACUCAAUCUCAACGACAGUCAGUGCUAUCCAGCAGCCUGCCAACAUUUUCGCCUCUUCAUUUGGACAACCGACUAACAGUUUCGGCAGUAAUCCACAGCCUGCCGCAAAUAUCUUCGCCUCAUCUCCCGCAAAUAACCCCUUCGGCGCGCCUCAAACAUCGACAAACAUAUUCGCCACUCAGUCUCCUCAAACGAACAUAUUUGGAGCGGCGGGGUCAUUUUCAACAGGACAAAACGUGCCGCAACAAUCGAAUAUGUUCGCAAGUUCUGCGCCAACCGCUGAGCCUUUUGCAAACCCUAUGCAGCAAUCAGGAAAUAUUUUCGCUACAGCCACCCAAAACCCGCAGAACGUGUUUGCUCAGAAUGCAGUAGUGGAGCAAAAGCAGGCUCAGAAUGUGUUUGCAGCCCCUGGGCCUCAGCAGAGUCUCUUUGGGGCUGCCCCUUCAAGCACUCCCUUGAAUGCACCCCCUGCCAAUUACUCUGCCUCCAUUUUCGGGCAGCCUCAGUCGACAAAUUCUGCGGGAGUUUCCGCUCCUGCAUUGGAUGCUAAAUUGUAUUCGGAUCCUGCAGAAUUGAGCGAGAAAGAGAAGGGUUGGUUUGCAAGUGAUGCGCUGGAUAUUAUGAACAUCCCCGAUAAACCGCCCUCGUAUAACAUGUGCUUUGGAUGAUCAACUUGUGUGAUUUUUAUGUGAUAUCUAGCAUGUAUAUUUGUUGAUUUUCUUUAUUAAGAGCAAUCGCAAGUCAGUUAAUUACUGAAAUUUUUCUUCUUCUAUACACACGGUCGGCUGAACACAGAACACAUAGCAAUAAUGUUUACUGUAGAAACUAUUAAGGAGUUUUAUUCGCCAGUUACAAUAUUUCAACCAGAUGAUUUCUUAUGAGUAGACCUUAUUUGAACAAGACUAUAAAUUAUC